AUGUCAAUUUUAAACUCUUGUGGUUGUGGUUGUGGUGCUCUUGUUUUAUUUUCAAAGUGUUCGUUCUUUUUGUUGUCAUUGUUGUAAGUGUAAGUAGAAAAUGAAUCGUUGUACUAAGUGUAACAUAAACUUUUCGAAACCUUCGAACUUGACGGCACAUGUAAAAAGAAAACAUCCAGAUAUGCUAGAUAUACUACUGCCAAAAAACGUUAAACAAAGUAAAUCUACUGUGCCUUGCUUAGAAUGUAAUAAAAAGUUUGCAAAUCUGGGCAAUCUUAGAGUUCAUGUGAAAAGGCAGCAUCCAGAUAAAUUAGACGAAAUAGCACCUGUUAACAAGAAAACUUAUGUGUGUUCCAGCUGCUCUGAAAGUUUUUACAAUUUAAAAAAACUAGUUUCUCAUAAACAAACUCAUAAUAAUGCCUUAACAAAAUUAAAAUGCGCGUUGUGUCAAUAUAUUAAUUCUGGUCGAGAAAAUUUAAUUUCACAUUACAGGAGUGACCAUUUCAUUAACACUGAAAAUAAUUAUCUGGAAUUUGAUACUUGUGAAGAUUUUGAAUCUUGGAAAUGCAAGGUUGAAGAAGAAACAUUCUCAUCAUUUGUAAAAAUGUAUGGUUCAAAGAAAACCAGUAACUGUACCACAACAAACUAUAAUUGUCAUAGGUCGGGUAUAUAUAAAAAGAAAGGGAUGAAUAUCAGAAAACUUAAAAUUCAAGGCUCAAAUAAAAUUAAUGGUUAUUGUCCUGCAAGAAUUAAUGUUAAAUUAAUGGACAAUGAAAAAUAUAUUGUCAACUUUUGUCAAACUCAUGUGGGACACAAUCCUGAGCAAGAUUUAAGCCAUCUAUUUUUAAGUCAAUCAGACAAACACAAUGUGGCAGCUAAGAUAGCUGCCAAAAUUCCAUUUCAAAUAAUUUUGGAUGAAAUAAGAGAUUCUGUGUCCAACUCUCAUUUGGAACGGCUGCAUCUCUUAAAAAGAAAAGAUCUCUAUAAUAUUGAGAAGUGUUUCAAUUUAUGCAGUUCAUCAGUACGCCAUGAAAAUGAUGCAAUAAGUGUAGAUGCAUGGGUUAAUGAGAUGAAAAGUUCAGAAUGUGUGCUUUUAUAUAAACCACAAGAAACUAUAUGCCAAGAAAAUCCAGAACUACAAUAUGAAGAUUUUUUCUUGAUUAUAAUGACAGAUGGACAGAAAGACCUAUUGCUACGAUUUGGAGAGGAUUGCAUUUGUAUUGAUGGGACCCAUGGUUUAAAUGCCUAUGGGUUUGAACUACAUACCAUCCUAGUACUGGAUGAUUUGCGAGAGGGCUACCCAACAGCAUUUUUGAUAUCAAAUCGCAGUGAUUUCAUUGGUAUGAAAAUGUUUUUUCAAUGCAUUAAGGAAAGAGUUGGCAAGGCUAUUAAACCAAAAGUCUUUAUGUCCGAUAUGGCAGAUUUUUAUUAUAAAUCAUGGAAGCAGGUUAUGCAGCCAGCCGAAUUUAGAUUGUAUUGCACCUGGCAUGUUGACAAGGCAUGGAGAAAAAAUUUAGAAAAAGUGCUCAAUAAAGAAAAAAAAGUUCAGGUGUAUCAUAUGCUCAGGACAUUAUUGCAAGAAACUGAUUCCACUGCUUUUAAUCAAUUAUUAUUGAAUUUUCUGAAAUAUUUAAAGGAAGAUUCAGAUACCCUGGAAUUUGCGAUGUAUUUCGAGCAGUAUUAUGCAUGUAAAGCAGAGCAGUGGGCAUAUUGUUUUAGGUUGCAUUGUACCAAUUUAAAUACCAAUAUGCACAUUGAAAGAAUGUACCGAACGAUAAAACACAUUUAUUUACAUGGAAAAUUCGUUAAGAGAUUAGAUAAGGCAAUAGGUGCUAUUAUGAAAUUUGUUAAAGACAAAUUAUUUGAGAGACUUAUUGUGAUUCACAAAGGUAAAGUCUCUACAAAAAUUAACGAAUUAAGAAAAAGGCAUGUCACUAGUCAGUCUCUUGAUCUGAGUAAAGUAAUUAAAUCUGAUAAUGGUUGGUUAGUGCCCUCUAAUUCAAGGAAUGAAAUGUAUACCAUUCAGAAGGUAAAAGAAAAUUGUCCAUGUAGGUUAGUGUGUGAAGAUUGCGAAGCUUGUCUACACUGCUAUACUUGUACAUGCUUGGAUUCAUGUAUAAAAUGGAACAUGUGUAAACAUAUUCACUUAAUUUGCAAGUAUACUCAAAUGGAUUUGACUAAAGAAAGUACCAUUCCAAACACAAAUUUAUUAGCAGGUGAUGCUGACAACCUGAUGAUUGAAUGCGAUGACGAGAAUAGGGCUUUAAUAGAUGCGGUUAGCAAAAUAAAAAAAGAUGAGGAAAGUUCUCUGAAAGAAGCUAAGGAAAAAUUAAUUUUACAGCUAACGGGGCAAAUAAAUGAUUUAGAUUCUUUCGAAGAAUUAAAGGCUGUACAAAAAAUCGUAGUCCGGAUAAAACCCACCAUAGAUGCUAUAAGAAAUCAAAAAGAUAUCAAUUUGGAUUUUCCAUCCACAUCCAGGAAAUACCGUAAAAUAAAAAUUACCCUAAAAUAAAAAAAAGAAUGUGUGUGUACUUUGUACGCACGUAAGAAGAUAUUCUUCUAUUAUAUAGGUAAUUUAAACGAAGUAAAUAUACUUAACAGGUUAUUUGUAUUUUAUUUAAAAAUUAAACUAACUUUCUUAUCUACCA